UGCAUUCAGAGUUGUUGACAACGUUGGCUGUGACUCGCAGCUGAGCUGAGAUGUCCGUGACAUUACAUACGAACCUCGGGGAUAUCAAGAUUGAGAUCUUUUGCGAGGCCGUACCAAGGACAGCAGAGAACUUCCUCGCCCUCGCUGCGAGCGGAUAUUACGAUGGCACCUUAUUUCAUCGAAACAUCAAGACCUUUAUGAUUCAGGGCGGGGAUCCCAAUGGGACUGGUAAAGGUGGACAGAGUAUCUGGGGAAAACCAUUUCCCGACGAGAUUCGUCAAACAUUGAGAUUUAAUGCGAGAGGAAUCGUUGCAAUGGCCAAUGCUGGACCAGAUACCAAUAAAUCUCAGUUCUUCAUCACGUACGCCAAGCAAUCGUCUCUCGAUGGUAAAUACACCAUCUUUGGCAGGGUCAUCGACGGAGCCGACUCCACGCUAGACAUGAUGGAAAAAGUACCUGUCAAUGAAAAAAAUAGACCGUUGGAAGAGAUCAAGUUGACCAAUGUCACGAUUCACGCAAACCCCAUAGCACAAGCGCAAAAGUAGGAGAAAUGGGACUUGGAUCUCUCUGCAUUGUUGUACUAUUGAACAGAGGACG